AUGAGUAAUUGGCUGAACCUGAUCACUGAUUGGUUUCAGACAAAAGCCAAAGCAGAGGAGAAAACGCUGAAAACGUUCGAACGCCUCUGGAGCGGCCAGGAAGAUGGCCAGCGUAUCACUUUCGUAUCGGUCGUAAUUCAACCUUCUGCGACUUCCUCCUGUGUUAUAGAGGAUAUAGGUUUAUCCGUUUGGUCGAAACAUAUUCUUUCGGAGAACAUGUCGUAUCAUUGGCAUGUCCAAGAAAACUUCGAGAUCCAGACAGAGGAUGUUGUCACCUUUGGGAACCCCGACUCAUUUGCCUUCGGGAAAACGCAAACAAUCACGGCAGAUGAUAUCAAGACAGUCUUAGAUGACUGGAUAUUGAGCCUUUCUGGUCAAUGUGAUCAGUUAUGUCUCGUUAUAUUCGGCAGAGAAUCUGCAAAGAAACUGGAAAAACAAUGGACAUCGCCUUCACCCGUAGUUCUUCUCGACCUCGAGGUACUGUGGCGCUUGCGAUACGGAGGUCAACCCCAUGCUACAUUCGAUGAGGCUGCGUCUGAACUUGGGAGUUUUGAGCGCGCAACGGCCAUGCUUGAUGACGCGGGCAACCAGGCGUACUACCUGCUUUCUGUACUGCGACAAUUAGGGGGUGCGGAGGGCCCGAGAGGAGACUUCUUCCCAAAAUUGAUGGAUGUAGAAUAA